AUGUCCGACAAUAUUCAACACUCAACACCUCAAGCAACAAGCUCUUAUACAACAUCUUAUGAUCAAAAAAACUCAGAGUUGAAACCAUUCCCCUCUAGCAGCGGACAUUCAAUCAUGACACCAUUGUCAUCUUCUAGAUCCCAUUCAGAAUCAUUAAGUAAACAGAAUAUCGAACCUGUCAAAGAUCACAGAAGAAGACGCUCAUCAAGUAUAAUCUCUCACGUGGAACCAGAAACCUUCGAAGAUGAAAAUGAUCAACAAAUGUUACCAAACAUGAACGCAUCAUGGGUAGAUCAAAGAGGUGCAUGGAUCAUUCACGUCGUAAUCAUCCUUCUUUUGAAACUAUUUUACAACUUAUUACCUGGUAUCACCACAGAAUGGUCAUGGACUUUAACUAACAUGACUUACGUCAUCGGUUCAUAUGUCAUGUUCCAUUUAAUUAAGGGAACUCCGUUCGAUUUUAACGGUGGUGCAUACGAUAAUUUGACCAUGUGGGAACAAAUCGAUGAUGAAACUCUUUUUACUCCAUCAAGGAAAUUCUUAAUUGCUGUACCAAUCGCAUUGUUUUUGGUAAGUACUCAUUAUUCACAUUACGAUUUUAAGUUAUUCUCUUGGAAUUUCAUUUUGACCUUUUUAGUAGCUGUUGUACCAAAAUUACCUGUCACUCAUAGAUUGAGAAUUUCCAUCCCAGGUAUCACGGGUCGUGCCCAAAUUAGUUAA